UUUAAAUUAAGCUGUAUGUUUGUUUCAGAUGAGCUCCUGGAAGGUCCUAGGAACAAUACUGUAUAUUAUUCCAUCCCAAACACAAAUACAGAUGAAGACAAACAAGGAAAAAACUUUACAAAAGAUGAAGUGGAGGAAAUGAUGAAAUCUGAUGAUUACCAACGAAAAAUUGCAACCUGCCAUUUAUGUAGAGAAUGCUGGUUUAAUAAUUCUUACUCUGACAACUGCUGUGAAUGUGGUGGCUACUCACUCAGCCGACCCUGCCCAAUUUGCCAAGGCCAGUGCAGCCAGAUUUGGACUCGAAAUAUCAGAUCUUCUCACACAUACCAUCAAGCCUAUUGGGAUGGAACCUGCAAAUUGCCACCAGAUGUUCAACAAGCUUAUUUUAUGCGUAAUGUUGUGGACAGUUCUGAACAAACCCUUGCUGAAGGAAUGCAGGAUCUCUCUACAUGUUAAGGGUUAAUGCUGUAACCCCCACCCCUCCGUCACAUGAAGCUAUGGUCCUUGAUAUUUUUUUGUAUUUUUUUUUAACUUAUAGCUUCAAUUUUCUGAAUUUUCUAUCCUUUUUAUUUUCUCACUUUUUGAUUAUCCUUGCCCUAAUCUAAAUUAAUAUUUUUAUUUUGGCUUGUUUGUCUGUUUUCCAAUGUUAUCUGCAUCUUUUCUUACAUGAUGCUAAUAAUGAUCAAAUACAUGUGCAAUUCAUCUCA